AUGCCGUUAAAAUGGAAAAGCGGUUCUCCUGUCAGCUGGAAAUUCCCAGUGCCAGUUCUUAAGACAUCCAGGUCCUCACCCCUUUCGCCUGCCUACAUCCACCAACACUCCUUUGUGGUUUGGACAUCUCACUCUCUCCUCGGUGCCUGUCCGACUUACCACCUGACGGGAUCCCUCGUGGAGGACGACGACGCUCACAUGAAAGUUGCUCUGGGCUAUGGUGACAUGGGCGUCUCUGCUCACCUUCAGGCAUCAAAGACUGGAAACACGCGAUUUUUCACAAGCAACACACACAGCUCAGUGGUUCUUCAGGGAUUCGACCAGCUGAGGAUAGAGAAUUUACUAUGUGACGUCACGCUGGUGGCUGGGGACGGCGAUGAAGCUUUCCCCGUACACCGCGCCAUGAUGGCCUCCUCCUCCGACUAUUUCAAAGCCAUGUUCACAGGUGGAAUGAAAGAGCAGGAUUUAAUGUGCAUAAAGCUGCACGGCGUUAACCGAAUAGGCCUGAAGAAAAUCAUCGACUUCAUCUACACGGCCAAGUUGUCGCUCAACAUGGAGAAUCUGCAAGACACGCUGGAGGCGGCGAGCUUCUUACAAAUCCUCCCUGUGCUGGACUUCUGCAAGGUGUUUCUUAUAUCUGGGGUUUCUCUUGACAACUGUGUAGAGGUGGGGCGCAUCGCCAACACGUAUAACCUCACAGAGGUGGACAAAUAUGUCAACAACUUCAUCCUGAAGAACUUCCCCUCACUGCUGAGCACCGGAGAGUUUGUCAAGCUGCCAUUCGACCGGUUGGCUUUUGUGCUGUCCAGCAACAGCUUGAAACACUGCACGGAGUUGGACUUGUUCAAGGCCGCGUGCCGCUGGCUGCGCUACGAAGACGUUCGUAUGGACUAUGCCGCUAAGCUCAUGAAGAACAUCCGCUUUCCUCUCAUGAACCCACAAGAACUCAUCAAUCACGUGCAGACAGUGGACUUUAUGCGCACGGACAACACAUGUGUGAACCUUCUCCUGGAGGCUAGCAACUACCAAAUGAUGCCCUACAUGCAGCCGGUGAUGCAGUCAGAACGGACAGCCAUCCGCUCGGACAGCGCCCACCUGGUCACGCUGGGGGGGGUCCUCCGCCAGCAGCUGGUCGUGAGUAAGGAGCUGCGGCUCUUUGACGAGAAGGCUCACGAGUGGAAGGCGCUGGCCUCCAUGGACGCUCCCCGCUACCAACACGGCAUCGCAGUCAUCGGCAACUUUCUCUACGUGGUGGGCGGCCAAAGCAACUACGACACCAAAGGCAAGACGGCAGUGGACACGGUGUUCCGGUACGACCCCCGCUACAACAAGUGGAUGCAGGUGGCUUGCCUUAAUGAGAAGAGAACCUUCUUCCACCUCAGUGCACUCAGGGGACACCUCUACGCCGUCGGUGGAAGGAACGCCGCCGGGGAGCUCGCUACUGUGGAGUGCUACAACCCAAGGACAAAUGAAUGGACAUACGUUGCCAAAAUGAAUGAACCGCAUUAUGGCCACGCUGGGACGGUGUACGGGGGUUAUAUGUAUAUUUCAGGGGGAAUCACUCAUGACACUUUUCAGAAGGAGCUGAUGUGCUUUGACCCAGAUGCGGAUAAAUGGACUCAGAAAGCUCCCAUGACGACGGUGCGCGGCCUCCACUGCAUGUGCACGGUGGGCGACCGGCUCUACGUGAUCGGGGGCAAUCACUUCCGGGGAACCAGCGACUACGACGACGUGCUGAGCUGCGAAUAUUACUCCCCGGCUCUCGACCUGUGGACUCCUAUCGCUGCCAUGUUGCGAGGCCAGAGCGAUGUGGGCGUGGCCGUGUUUGAGAAUAAAAUCUAUGUGGUGGGCGGAUACUCGUGGAACAAUCGCUGCAUGGUGGAAAUAGUACAGAAGUACGACCCCGAGAAAGACGAAUGGCACAAAGUGUUUGACUUACCCGAGUCGCUGGGCGGGAUCCGAGCCUGCACACUCACAGUUUUCCCCCCCGAGGACCUCUCGUGCUCGCCCUCCAGAGAGUCGCCCCUCUCAGCACCUUGAUGAGUAAAGGGGGGCGGAGCCGUGUUUAGCUCGUAACCCCUCGCCCACCUAACCCCCUCAAGAAACACUCCUUAUAGACAUUGUUUGCACUUCCUCUUCGGACUACAUCUGUACUGCAUCCCUAAGUAUCCCCCAGUCCACCCCCCCUGAAGCUGUGCAGAACCCCCCGCCCCUAAGUGAUUCAACCCACGUACCGACAGUUUGGCAACCUAAUUACAUGUUAAUGUUGCAUACUCGGUAUGUUUUUGGCAGGAAGUACCUUGACUUGAAAAGUGACUUUGCAAAUCAACUUUUCUACCUGAUGUCUUCGGUUUUUCGGUCUCGUUUCCUUAGGCGUUCUACCUUGAGAUGUUGACUACCGCACUGACUCUCUCUUCUAGUCUAUGCCAGGUUAGAUGCAGCAGGUGACUCCUGCUCCCAGCAGCGUAGGGACGCACGAGCUCCGAAACACAGCCAGUUUUUAACUCAGGGGUUGGCCCAGGCCCCAUCUACGAUGCUCCAAUACAGUUUCACUUCUUUCCUGCUAUUGCUAUGAAACGGUUAACAAAAUGGUGUUUUCUAAAUUGUAAUAAACAUGAUUUUAAAAGUAGUUUAAAUGUUGUCAUUACUGACUGCAGCAGACUCAGGCUGACAAGUUGUUUGUAUGUGGGGAAAAAACUUCUCCAACGUGCACAUAACCUCAUGCUUAGCAUUGCAUUGUUUAACCCUAACCUGAUACAGUCUGGCUUUAACAUGUUGACUGUUGGCACACAUGACUGUAAAUGUUGACGAAGCAGGUAUAAAAACAAAUGUCUUUUUUGAAGGGGCUGUAUUCUGCUCAUUUUCAGGUUCAUAUUUGUAUUUUGUUCCUCUACUGUGACGUGUCUCCAUGCUUUAUUGUUCAAAAAGCUCUUUAUUUUUCUCAUACUGCCUGUGCUGCAGCACCUCUUUUCACCCUCUGUCUGAAACCAGAGCCCAGUCUGCUCUGAUUGGCUAGCUGGCCGGCUCUGUUCUGAUUGGUCAACCGCAUAGAGAUGUCCCGCCCCAUUGCCUAUCAAAUACAAUGUGUUUGAGUGGUAGCCAAUAUAAUCGCUUGUGUGAAAUAGUGAUGUCAGAAUGUUACCGAAAGCAAAGGAGUCCAAUGGCGGCGGUUCAGGCAUGAGGGAGGAGGGAGGAGGAGGAGUGUGUGUGUGGGGAAAUAACUCCUGGAGGGGACUUUUGGAUUUGAGCCUUUACAGGCCAUUUACAUGCUCAAAGACUAUCUACAGGAGAGGUAGAACCCCGUGUAGAAAAACACUGUUUUGAAACUUGUGAAGGAACAUCUUCCAUAAGUAAGGAAUAAUCACUUUAUCUUACAUAACAAUAAAUGUCAUUUUUAACAUAUAA